GCUAUGGCAGACUUUCAAGGCUACAUCACACUUUUCCUAGUCUUGCUAGUUUCCACCAUUGUGGUCCGAGCCAUAUUCAAGAAAAACCGAACCAAGGUUCGCCUUCCGCCGAGCCCACUAGCCCUUCCAAUCAUCGGACACCUUCAUCUUCUAGCUCCAAUACCACACCAAGCACUCCACAAACUCUCCAACCGCUAUGGACCCUUAAUCCAUCUCUCCCUUGGCUCUGUUCCUUGUGUGGUUGCUUCAUCCCCAGAAAUCGCCAAGGAGUUCCUUAAGACGCAAGAAAUUUCGUUCUUGAACCGCCCUCAGACGGCUGCUGUUGACUACAUCACUUAUGGAUCAGCUGACUUCUCAUUUGCUCCUUAUGGACCUUAUUGGAAGUUCAUGAAGAAGCUUUGCAUGUCUCAGCUUCUUGGUGGCAGAACACUAGAUCUGCUUCUCCCCGUUAGGCGCGAAGAGCUCAAGCGGUUCUUACGUGUGAUGCUGAAAAAGGCUGAAGAAAAUGCAGCAGUUGAUGUUGGAGGAAAGCUCAUUAUACUAACCAACAGUGUCAUAUCAAGAAUGGUUAUGAACCAAAGGUGUUCCGAGAAGGACGGUGAAGCCAAUGAGGUGAGGAAAUUGGUGACGGAGACUGCUGAGCUGACCGGGAAAUUCAACUUGUCAGAUUACAUCUGGUUUUGUAAGAACUUGGACUUGCAGGGGUUUGGGAAAAGGCUUAAGGAAGUUCGUGAGAAGUUUGACACCAUGAUGGAGAGAAUAAUAAAAGAGCAUGAAGAGGCAAGGAAAGAGGCAAAGAGAGAGGGUGAUUUAGUGAAGGACUUACUUGACAUUUUACUUGAUAUAUCAGAGGACGAGAGCUCAGAAAUCAGACUGACAAGAGAAAACAUUAAGGCAUUCAUUCUGGACAUAUUUGCAGCUGGGACAGACACAUCAGCCAUUACAGUAGAAUGGGCACUAGCAGAGCUAAUAAACCACCCAAGUAUGAUGAACAAAGCAAGAGAAGAAAUAGACACUGUAGUUGGGAAAAGCAGACUAGUAGAAGAGUCAGAUAUAGUGAACCUUCCUUAUCUCCAAGCCACAGUGAAAGAGACACUGAGGCUUCACCCAAGCCCACUAAUUGUGAGAGAGUCCUCAGAAAAAUGCACAAUCAAUGGCUAUGACAUCCCGGAAAAGACUCAGGUGUUUGUCAAUGUUUGGGCUAUCGGAAGGGACCCGAGGCACUGGGAAGAGCCGCUCGAGUUCAAGCCGGAGAGGUUUCUUGGUGAAGAAGGCAGUAGAGAGAGCCAAUUGGAUGUGAGAGGACAACAUUUCCAUCUAUUGCCUUUUGGGAGUGGAAGAAGAGGAUGUCCAGGAACAUCACUUGCUUUGCAGGUAGUUCACACAAGCCUGGCUUCCAUGAUUCAAUGCUUUGAGUGGAAAUUAGUUGGUGGGAAAAAUGGCAUAGUGGACAUGGAAGAGGGACCCGGCUUGACUCUUCGAAGGGCUCAUCCCUUGGUUUGUGUGCCGGUUGCUAGGUUCAGUCCACUGCCAAUAUGA